AUGAAAUCCAAUGCAAAAAGCCUGGUCAUGGACUUCUUGAAGGCUCCUGAUCUCGUCAAAUGCGUCCGAAAGCUGAGGGUGAACGCUCAGGAAGGGACAAAGGCGUUCUGGGAUGUGGUCAAAGACGAAGAAGGAAAUGAGGUUGUCCUGUACCCCGAAUUGAACAAGAAGUUGGACCUGGUGCGUUUGCGAAUCAAAGAUAUUCGCUGCAUCUGCUUGAAUCCAAUGGCAUGGUUCACUAACGUGAAUAUUCUGUGCCUAUACUUCCCAGAAGUGUUCCGGCCGGAACCUCUCUACGAGGAUGAAAAUGAGGAUUCUUCGACGUACCAGCUAGCAUAUCAGAUUUGUCACGCGCUUCGGUAUGGCCUCUUCAAUCGCACGCUCCAAGCGUUGGAGAUUCAAUACCUUCCUACAUGCGACAUGAUCCUCCGGGUCCUGAGCUCACCUUCCUCCAAUCUGUCCUCGUUAACAAUCACCGAAUGCCUCCCCAAGCCAUGUCUCACCGACAAUUUCUGGGAUUCAUAUUCACUCAUCUAUCCGAAUCUGCAACAUUUACAUCUUUCAAAAGUUGGCAUUAAAAUUAAGGGUGGCUCAUCCGACGACGACGCACUGCAGACCGAUCUAGAGAUGUUUCUGCUUCGCCACAGUGAAUCCAUCAAGACAAUACGACUCGACGAGUGCUUAAUCGCGGUCCCAAAGGAUGCCCCACCAGGGUUUCCGAGAACGUGGGCAGACGUCUGGAGGAACGUCGAAGAAAAUAUCCCUCACUUACAGCGAUUUGAGUUUGAACCAGCACCUGGGAACCCCUCGGACGUCAGCUCAGAUUCGGGCAACUAUAUUGGAAUAUCGUACGGCUUGCUUCAGUGGUCACCCAGAGCGUAUUUCUCGAUUCUUUCGGACGAACGGAGCAGAGCUGUCGAAAAUCUUCCGUCUGAACGAGACGAUAGGGCUGCCUGGGAGAGACUACAGAAAACUCUCGAGGGAAGGAAGAAGGGGUCCCAUUGGGAUUAG